UUUGACCUGCUGAUUGCAUGCUCGGGUCAUGAAGUUGAAGAAUGAUGUGAAGCAUAAAAGAAGAGCACUCCUCGGCCCUGGUGUUUGCAGCUAGACCAAAAUGUGGAGGGUGGUACGAGCAGCGGGUGGGCAAGACGGGAGCCCCGCGGCCUUACCUCCCAACGGGCCUCCUCCGAAGCAGAUGGUCCACAGAUGGUACCUGGGCGGGCUUGCCUCUGCAGCCGCAGCUGCCUGCACACCCGCUGGACCUCCUCAAGGUUCACCUUCAGACACAACAGGAGGUGAAGAGGGGGCUAUGGGAGAUGGGUGUUCGAGUGGUCCAGACCCAGGGAGUCAGAGGUCUCUACAACGGUCUCACUGCCUCUCUCACACGACAGCUCACCUACUCCACCACGAGAUUUGGUGUGUACGAGAUGCUCAAGUCUUACCUGUUGCCUGCCGACGGAUCUCCGUUGCCAUUUCAUUACAAGAUCAUCAUGGGAGCAACAGGAGGGUUCUUCGGUGGCAUAGUUGGAAGUCCGUUUGAUGCAAUUAAUGUACGGAUGCAAAACGACAUGAAGCUGCCUUUGGAACUGCGGAGAAACUAUAAACACGUGGUGGAUGGAGUAUUAGGAUAUCAAAAGAAGAUUGCAUUCUAUGAGCAGGCUAAGCAGCUGCUGCUUGGCACCGGCCACUUCAGGGACAACACAACUACCCACUUCACAUCCAGUUUCAUGGCUGCAGUGGUGGCUACUGCCCUGACUCAACCAGCAGAUGUCAUGAAGACCAGACUACAAAACGCACCUUCAGGAACUUUCUCUUCCCUCAUGCAGUGUUUCUGGUAUACAGCAAAAACAGGACCAUUAGGUUUCUUCAAGGGGUUCAUCCCAGCAUUUGUUCGUCUGGGGCCCCACACAAUCCUCACCUUCAUCUUCCUCGAGAAGCUCCGAAUUCUCCUUCCUCCUAAAUCCUAGCCGUCUCACAUUAUCGUUAUUUUAUUGUAACAUAGCCACGGUUUUUCAUUGAGCUUUUGUAUGAAGCCAGACCACCAACUACCAAAGUGCAUAAAAACACUUGUGUUUUAAGCACCACCUCCAGUUCUUGCCCGCCAGCCAUCCUCUGAACGUCUCUGUCCUUGCGGACCAGGACGCUGGGCAGUUUGCGGAUCUUGGCCACGUCGGAGGGAGACAGCUCCAGCUCCUCACAGCAGGCGGAGACCAGGGUGGGGUAGGUGGGCGGAGCAACCUCCACCUCCACGAAAUCAGACUCUCCGCUUCCACUGACCCUCACCUUCACCAACAGUGG